AUGUUAUUGCUCCGACUCUUCAAUUUGAACGACAUAAGUUUUCCCUACUCCCACCUGGCGGACAAGCGCACACAAAAGUGGCUUUUGGUGGAAUCAUUCGCUGACGUCUUGGCGCUGCUGACCUUGUACCUGCUCCUGGUGCGCUAUCUGCCGCAAUGGAUGCAAAGACGCAAACCCCUUCAGCUCAGGCCACUGCUUCUGCUCUACAACUUUCUCUUGGCUCUGCUGAAUGCGCACAUUUUCAAGGAGCUGCUCAUCAAUGGCGCGCGCUUGAAAUACAACUUCUGGUGUCAACCGUGUCGCGAGCUAUACUCCAAAGAGGAGCUGAGGAUUGCUGCUGCCGUUUGGUGGUUCUAUGUAUCCAAGCUGCUGGAGUUCGCCGACACUAUUUUCUUCAUUUUACGCAAAAAGCAGACACAACUGACAUUCCUUCAUGUUUAUCAUCACAGCACCAUGUUUCCACUUUGGUGGAUCGCUAUCAAGUGGGUACCCACCGGUUCGACAAUAGUGCCGUCGAUGAUUAAUUCUUUCAUACAUGUCAUUAUGUACAGUUAUUAUGGUCUAAGCGCACUUGGUCCCAACGUGCAAAAGUUUUUAUGGUGGAAAAAAUAUCUAACGACUCUGCAAUUGGUGCAAUUUGUUUUCGGUGCCGCAUGGUCCACACAAGCCAUCGCCAGAGGCUGCAACUUUCCCGCAUGGAUUAAUUACAUAACCAUCCUCUAUAUGGCCAGCUUACUUUCUCUGUUUGGACAAUUUUAUGUGAAAACAUAUCAAACAAAAAGAAAUAAACAUAAUUAA